GCGCGACACGUCGCCCGUUCUCCAGAGGCUUCCCGAUCGACCGGGACAAAGGUGCCCGGACCUGAGCUACAUCAUCACUCAUUCAUCGCUCACUCACCCUCAUACCCACACUCCCACUCUGCGACCACCUUAUCUAGCUCCUUCUGCAAGCUCCUGCAUCCAUCUCAGCUGCAGCUCGAAGCUCGACCAGGAUGAGCAAGCCAUCGAGGUGCAGGGCAGUGCAGACGCAGGUCGCCCUGCUCCUCCUCUUGCUCGUCGCUGCCUCCCUGCUCCAGGCCGGCGACGCUGCUUCAGGGUUCUGCGCGGGCAAGUGCGCGGUCCGGUGCGGGCGGUCGCGCGCAAAGCGGGGGGCGUGCAUGAAGUACUGCGGGCUGUGUUGCGAGGAGUGCGCCUGCGUGCCGACGGGGAGGAGCGGCAGCCGCGACGAGUGCCCCUGCUACCGCGACAUGCUCACCGCCGGGCCCAGGAAGAGGCCCAAGUGCCCGUGAUCCUCGUCGGUCGACCGUCUGAACGGACCACCGGCUUCAACCCCCAUCCUACCGAGUACCGACAAGAGUAAUGGCUGUGUGAUAUUGGACGCGCGUGCUUAUGUAACUUCCCUGUGCUGUGUGCUCGUGCUAAAUAUUGGUAUGAUACGUAUUGUUGCAUGUUGAGUGUUGAGUACCCACUAUCGACUUGUAGACGUACUCUACUAGCUGGGAUCCUCGAGUGAGUGAGUUUGCUGCCUGUAAAUUAACAAGUGUGUGUGUGGCUACCUGUGUACUCCCAUGUGGUUGUAGCACGUACUCGUAGUAGCUAAUUGUUCUCCGUGUGUCACUGUAUGAGUGUACACUGAAGCAGUGUGGCUAGCUGAGGCCUGCGGGCCAUGUAUGUAUGCCAAUGCCACGUAGCAUGCGCACCGAGCUUACAAGUAGCAAUGGAAUGGUCAUGUCGCCGUCUUUGUAA